AUGUCCUUCUUCCAGCGGAAAGUGAAAGGUAAAGAAGAGAAGACGUCAGAUGUCAAGUCAACUCAGCUCCUCCCCGAAAUAAAACGGGUGCAGACCGAAGCCCGCAUGCGUUACGGUUUGCAGGCCAUGUGUUACAGCUGGCAUCAUUCAGAUGAAGUGGCAGCUGCUGGAAUUAAGACACAGUUAAUUGCCUAUCUCUUUAAUUGCAAUGAUAGGAUUUUGACAAUUUGUACAUACAUUGUUCAUCAAGGAAAGGACCUUCCAGGCUAUUACCCCGGGCAGUUGGCAAGACUCCAUUUUGAUUAUAGUGCAAAGAGAUCUCCAAGACCUCUCAUAGACCUGACAAGUCCAGCCAAGGAAAAAAGUCACCCUCAGCCUCAAUUUGACCAACAAAGUCUCAUUCGAUACAUUUGUUUCCGAAGAAAUUCAAAGCCUGUGGAACCAUGGUAUAAAGAAACGACUUAUGAAAGAGACUAUUCUCUGCCAUUUUACAAGACUGGUUGGAACCAGAAAUUAGGCACAAUAUUAUCAAAUCCUAGAACACUUCAUUCACUGCCAGAACUCUGCUGUUGUGAAGAAAAAAGCAGCUUUGAAAGAAAGUGCUUUUAA